AUGCAGCGAGCAGCGGAGCUGGCGGGCUGCUCGCCGUGGCUGCCAGCGGCGCUGGCCCCGUCCGGCCGCGUCCACGUGGCGCGCCGGUGCCUGCACGCACCGCCGUCCCGGGGUCCUGCGCGAAUCGUUGCGACGGCGACCACCACGGGGACUGGGAGCGAGGUGUCAGAGGAGAAGCGCGACAUCCAGAAGAUGUUGAGCAAGCCGUACAAGUGGGGCUUCAAGACGGCCAUUGAGUCGGAGACGUUUCCCAAGGGCCUGUCUGAGGACGUUGUGAGGGCGAUCUCCGCGAAGAAGAAGGAGCCGGAAUGGAUGCUGGAGUUCCGCCUACGGGGGUACAAGAGCUGGCUGACAAUGAAGGAGCCCGCCUGGUCGGACAACGCCUACCCGGCGUUCGACUAUCAGGGGAUCAGCUACUAUUCGGAGCCCAAGCAGAAAGAGAAGAAGCAGAGCUUGGAUGAGGUGGACCCCGAGCUGCUGGCGACGUUCGACAAGCUGGGGAUCCCGCUGAACGAGCAGAAACGACUGGCGAACGUCGCUGUGGACGCCGUGUUCGACUCGGUGUCCAUCGCGACCACGUUCCGCGAGGAGUUGUCGAAACACGGCGUGGUUUUCUGCAGCAUCUCGGAGGCGGUGCAGGACUACCCGGAGUUGGUCAGGAAGCACCUUGGGAGCGUGGUUCCUGUCGCAGACAACUACUUUGCUGCUCUGAAUUCAGCUGUGUUCUCCGAUGGAUCGUUUGUGUACAUUCCAAAAGGUGUCCAUUGCCCUAUGGAGCUCUCAACAUACUUUAGGAUCAAUGCAAGCGAAACAGGACAGUUUGAACGCACAUUGAUCAUCGCCGAGGAAGGGAGCUAUGUGAGCUAUCUGGAGGGGUGCACAGCCCCAGCUUAUGACCAGAAUCAGCUCCAUGCGGCUGUCGUUGAGCUCACUACUGCCAAAGAUGCUGAGAUUAAAUACUCCACAGUACAGAACUGGUAUGCAGGAGAUGAGACUGGGAAGGGUGGCAUCUACAAUUUUGUGACAAAGAGGGGGCUUUGCCAUGGUGACGAUUCCAAGAUUUCUUGGACACAGGUGGAAACUGGAUCCGCCAUCACCUGGAAGUAUCCGAGCUGCGUGUUGAAGGGUGACAACUCUGUUGGGGAAUUUUACUCUGUUGCUCUUACAAAUAAUGCUCAGCAAGCGGACACUGGGACAAAGAUGGUGCACGUUGGGAAGAACACCCGCAGCAGGAUCGUGUCGAAGGGCAUCUCUGCUGGGCAGUCGUUGAAUGCAUACAGGGGGUUGGUUCAGGUCCAACCCAGUGCAAAGAAUGCUCGGAACUAUUCGCAGUGCGACUCGAUGUUGAUUGGGGACACUGCUGGUGCCAAUACAUAUCCAUACAUCCAGGUUCGUGAGCCAUCAGCUCAAGUUGAGCACGAGGCCAGCACCUCCAAGAUUGGUGAGGACCAGCUCUUCUACUUUCAGCAGCGUGGAAUUGGCAUGGAGGAUGCAGUGGGCAUGAUCAUCAGUGGGUUUUGCAAAGAGGUGUUCAACGAACUGCCAUUGGAAUUUGCUGCUGAAGUCAACCAGUUGAUGAGCCUCAAGCUGGAAGGAUCUGUGGGAUAG